AUGACUAAAAAGAACUGGAAGUCUUCUAAGACUUUGCCCUCACCUCGACUUGUUCCUGAGGGGAAGGAUUUGAAAUCUAUCAUCAACAACAUCUUGAACGACAGAGAGGUGAAUUGUGGGACAGCUAUGCUCGUGGCAGGCCUGUUGGAAUGGUUGGUUCCUGCCAUGCAGGAUGGGGCAUGGAUUUAUGAAAACAUCAAGCAUAAUGUGACUGUCCUGAGUGACCGGCCCGAGAUUCUAUACCAGGAGUCUUAUCAUUUACAGAAGAAGCCUUUUGUGUGCGCCUACUCUCUGGAUACCAACUAUUUCGUCGCUUUAAACUGGUUGGAACAGUAUGGAAAACAAAUACAAGCAAUACUAUGGAUACAGGAAAAAAACGCAGAAAGAAAAAAGAUGGUCAAGAAGAUGAAAUUUCCCAUGAGGGCUGAAGUGCCGUCCAUUAAAUCAAUGGUCCAUGUGAGCUCCCAUCGCCUGUUAGUAGCUUACUGCGAUGACAUGCGCCUGCGGCUUUUGGGAGACCAUCACCAGGCAUUCGUCACUCUGGGCACAGUGCCUUGUCGUUUCUCCAUCAGCUGCCUCUGCUAUGAUUCAGAAACCGGGGUACUGUUUUCUGGAACUUUGGGAGCUGUGGUUACCUGGUUUAUCUUAGCAAAUGGCAAGGGCCUCCAGAUGGCUCACAAAGUGAGUAUGAGUGGUCAGGAGCUUGUACAGGACUUGUCUCUGAACGCGUCCCUGGGCUUCCUGAUGGUGCUGUGUGAGAACAUGGUGAGGGUCUUUACCCAGGAGGGUCGCGGCCAGCUUAAAGAAGUGAAGACAUUCAUUCCCCAAACCAGCGGCGUCUCCCUCACCUGCUCCUGUAGCUGUGGUCCACAGAACACCCUCUAUGCUGGAAACGAGAAUGGAGAGGUCCAUGCUUGGGGUUUAGAGGACAGUAACUUCCGCCACAGUUUCAAGGCCCAUUCGGCACCCGUGAUGUGCGUCAACAGUCGGCCGGAGACGUACACCUUGUUCACUGCAGGGAGUGAGGGUUUGUUGAAGGAGUGGAACCUUGCUUCUGGGAAUCUGCUGCGGCAGCUGAAUAUUGGCACGGAUCUGCAACAACUGCGGUUUAUUGAUAACCAAACUUUCUUCUGCCAGAGCGCCAAUACUUUCUCGCUGCACCACCUGCCCCACUUUUACAGGCUCUUCAACGUCUGUGGUUCUGCUCCGCAGAAGGUACAACGGGUCCACUGUGAUCGUAACUGGAUUCGUAUCCUGUGUGCCACCGAGGACGGUUUACUGCGUUUCUUGUCUCCAGUAACAGGGGACCUCCUGGUUGUUACGUGGCCUCUACUUGUCAUGGAUAAGGCUGUGGCGUGGGCCUAUCACUCAGAGAGAGAGGAACUCUUUGUGGCCAUAGGCAGCCCAGAGGUGCUGGUGUUUGAUGCCACACGUUCCCCGUGUACAGCCAAAUAUCUCCUGUGUACCUCAGAAAAUUACAGAGAUAAAGUAAAAUGCUUGGCGUACGGGAGGUCCUAUUUGGGCAAGAGUAAAAAAGGACUGAUAUUCUGUGGGCACGAGAGUGGCGUUGUGAGAAUCUUGUCCCAGUACUGCUCUAUUCGGAAAGAGAACACUAUCCACUCCGGGCCGGUGCUGGCGUUGUCUACCCCGGAGGGUUUUGAAGAAAAUCCCUUACUGUGUUCCUAUGGCAAGGACAACUACAUACAACUCACAAAGGUGGUGUGUUCAGGGAACGACCUGACCCUGGAGCCUGUCGAUAAAUUUCACUGCCUUUAUCGCUUACGACACAUGGUACUGUUGCCGGGUUCGGUGGGUGCCAUCACCGAGCACUCCUGCUGGUUUCUCUGGCGCUAUCAAGGUUUACAAACAUCAGAAUUCAAACGGAAUUCUAUGGUGAGAGAGACAAACUGCUUGCACGAAUGCGCUGUCACUUCCUUUGACAUCUGCCUCUCUCUGAAACUGUUUGUGACAGGAGCCACCGAUGGGUCAGUCCGGGUCUGGGACUUCCGUGGGAAACUUGUAACUCAGUUUGACUCCGAACUGCAUUUCUGUUCGCCCUGCUUUGCCAAUAGUCGAGGUGACUUGCUUUUGACUUUCAACCAGAGCAUCUAUAUAGUGUCGUGCCUGAAGUUGCUCCCUGCCACUCGGCUGAUGCUCCUACAUGCACUGAACAUCGAAGAUGAAAUACUAGAAACCCCGAAGCCCUUCCUGCCUAGCUUCUUCUUCUCAUUUGAAUUGAUAUUUGUACCCAAAUUUGUGCACCUGAAACAAAGGGUUCAGGAACUCCAGGGACUAGACACCCUUGUCAACAAACGGGCCAUCGCUUUUGAUGGCACCGUGCCCCAUGUUGUCGAGGGGGGCAGACACAUACCUAUCGUGACUCACGAGAGACCUGGGUUGUUCUUUGUGGAGGAAAAAUUUGCUGAUGCACCUGACUCCAAGCAGAAGUAUCCCUAUGCCGUCCCUGCUCAGUUACACCUGCCUGCCUGGGAUGGGCUGAAUAUCUACCGCAUGUUCAAAAGCUUCUUUGGCUGCGGGCAGAAAUGGCCCUUUGCUCCAGAUUGCUACAUCCCUAACUCAGUGGUCCGUGCCCGCCUUUGGCCUGACGGUACCCCGGUUUUCUUGCGCUAUGAUCUAAGUCUGUCCUACAUAGAAAAAGAUAAGGCUGCGCCUGGACCAUUAAGAUCCCGGUCCCUGUCAUCUGUGAGUCUAGAAGAUGUGGAAAUGUCAACUAGACAACGAAAGGAUGUGUACCAGGAGCAAAAAAGAGAAUCCUAUGGUAUCCUUGAAAGCAUGUCAACGAAAAGCUGGAUGGGAAAAAAAUUUAGUGAUGGAAUGGUAGAAAAUUUGGUAGAGACCAUUCUCAACCUCACAGUUUUCUGUUCGACAGAAAAAUACAAGAAAUAUUUUAGUGCUCUGGCACAGAUUUUCGCCAGUCACCAAAUUACUCCCAAGAUGCGCGUUGAGACAGCCUGCCGCCUGCUCAAAGAUAUAACCCAUUACAACUCCAGUAUCCGUGAGCUAGCCUGGGAGAUGCUAGAGAAGCUGGGUUUCAUAAGCAAUGUCUUUACUAUUCCGCUGACUACGGGGUUGAUGGACAGCGAGAAGAGUGUGCGGACUAGGGUCUUAUACCUUAUGUCUAGAUUUGUUGGCAUCCAAACCAAAUCCAUGCUGUUACACCAGCUAAGACGACGAGAUACCCUCCAAGAAAUACAGCAAGAAAUGAGUGAGGCUGUCUCUCUAAGCCAUCUGCUGAGGAUUCAAGCUAGUGAUAAGGAGUGCCUGCUUGCUCAUGUGAAGGAGAGGCUAAAUGAAGACCUGACCCUGUCACACAGAGAUAGCUCACUCCGUUUUUCUUUUGAUUCAGUGAAGUAUGAGGACUUGGAGAUGGUUUCUGAACAAACAUUUAUACCUUUGUCAGAAUCUGAAAAGAUUGAUGGGCUGAAGAGAAGAAAGAAACGUGCUCAAGAAAAGACCAGAAAGAUUGUUAGAAAGACCCUAAAAGUGUCCAAGAGAACCAAAAAGGCAGAUUUGCUGAAGGUGCCUUCAGUGACAUCAGGCGAACAGAGAAGGUUUAGGAAACGCAUGAAAGCUGACAUCCAGGAUGCUUCCUUAGGGCUAGAGCAACUACUCAGCUCUGAGCAAAUCCAGCAAAAAAGAGGGGCGAAGGAAAUCAGAGAGGCCCUAGAAGUCCUGGAGGCCACAGAUAGAGAAGAGUUCCUUAAGCAGAGAAGACAAACUCACUUUAAAAAGCUUUUGAAAGAAGCAAUGAAGAAAGAAAAAGUAGCACAGCAGGCGCCAAAGGAGAGCAUUUCAGAGGUGACUACUGAAACACCCAAGAAAGAAGCCCCAAAGGAAUCCCUACCACCUGCUGAGUCAGAAAAAGACUUGAAGAAAUUCGAAAGGGUGAGUCAUGGCUUGGCAGGGACCCCCAGGCGUAUGAGCCAAUCAGACAGGACAUCUUGGCGAGAGGAUAUUUGCUCCCUUCUCACUUUCAGAAUAGCAAGUUCUCAGCCAGAUAUGGUAAGGGACCUGGGUGAAGAACUGGAGAAUUUGGCUGAGAGGGUGCUCACCAACCAACCCAGUUGGACUCUCUUCCAAGACUUAUGUCCCCAGAGAAGGGUCUCACGAACCGGGUUCCCAGAAUCUGAGGCUACUGUCCAGGAACCACCUGUUCGUAGAAGAAAAGUGCCUAAAAGAGUUGUCAAACAGAAAGUGCCAGAGACAGCUACAGAUCAAAAGGACUUAAGUUUUCUGGAGAAAUAUGAGGAAUUUUCUCCGGAAGACAUGAAAACGAUGAUGGAUUUCUUAGACAGUAAUUGGAUCUUAGAGAAAAGGAAACUUAAGGCAAAGGUCAGGAAACCAAGCAAACAGAAAGGGAAAAGAAUCGAAGGCAAAGGAGAGGUGAUGACACUUAAAGAGAAAAAGCAACUAAUAAAGCCCAAGAAAGCAAAGAAGGAAAAAAGAAAAUUAAUCCCAGAUGAAAAGAAACCAGGCCGCCCAGAGGAGACACUAACACAAGACAAAGAUACAGCAGAUGCCCCACAAAAGCUGCUAACUGUGGAAGACCAGAAGUUACUGCAAGAAGAAACAGGACUGGCUAGAAAAAAGAAGACACAUCUCAGAAAAGAAAAGAUGACAAAACAGAUCAUGGAUGAAAAGAAACCAACUUCUCCAGAAAAGGCAUUGAUGGAGGACAAAGAAAGGCAUGAUGGCUCCCCAAAGGUGUUAGCUACAGAAGAUGAGGCAUUAGCUCCUGAAGAAGAGGAGCUGCCUAUACAAGAGAAGAAACUAUCUAGAAAAAAAAAGAAAACAGACACAAAAGAAGGGAUGGUGCAGGACAAAGAAAGGACGGUACAGCCUUGGGAGGAGAAGGAACAGAUCUGGGGAUCAGAGAGAACUGAAGAGGACAAAGACUAUGACUGGGAACUGGGGACACUGGACCACUAUUAUUCUUCUCCAGAAGAGGGAGAAUUAUCUGAGGAGGAAAGUGAGGAAACAACAGAAAGUGAGAGCCUGACAGAGCUAGAGGACAUGCUGGCUCAAAAACAGGAUUUGCCUACAGAAGAAGAAAAAGAAACAGAAAGACGAGUCAGGGAAGAGGAUGAACAACAGCAGGAAGAGUGGCCAGAGCUGCAGUCAGGACAAGAGCUGGAGAAGAGGGAGGAGGAGGUGGAGGAGGAAGGGGAAGAAGAAGAGGUGGGGGAGGAGGAGGAGGAAGAAGAAGAAGAGGAGGAGGAGGAAGAGGAGGAAGAGGAGGAGGAGGAAGAACUAAGAAAACAGAAAGAAGCAGCUGAGGAGGAAAAGAAGUGGAGAGCUGAAAAAGAAAGACUGGUCAACCUACGAGAAAAACUGUCUGAGCAAGUGGAAGAAGAGCCUGAGAAUAUCAGGUCACGGCAAAGGGAGAAACUUAUGGUAGUCCCAGAAGACAUGAUAACACAGGAAGAAAGGGAGCAGGCAAAGAUGGAGCUAGGGAUUCCCAAAGAUGAGAAAGCAACUGAGGGAAGAAAAGAGAGAGUCAAGAAAAAAGAGAAACCAGUUCUACAUGAGGAGAAAGAGAGAGUACGGAGUGAGGAAAAGGAGAGCCAGUUCCAGGAGGAGGAGAGAAAGGCUGCACAGAAAAAGCCAUUGGUUCGAGAAGAGAGAGUGAGGUCAGUAAUGCGGGGUUGGCAGGCUGGUGAACGCAAGGGCCAGUUUCAGGAAAAAGAGGAAAUGAUACUGACCCCAGGAGGCUUGGAAAAGAGGCAUACUGAGCUGGAAAAAAAGGCUAAAUUCAGGGAAAGUAUGAGGCUAGAAAAGGGAAGAAAAACAAUAACCCAAAAAGAGAAACAAAUUAUAAAAAAACAAGAUAAAUUAUUCCAAGAAAAAGAGGAAGUGAUACUGACUGCAAAAGGCUUGGAAAAGAGGCACCCUGCUCAGGAAAAAAAGGCUAAGUCUAGGGAAAGACUGAUGCUAGCAAAGGGGAAAACAGAAAUAACCCGGAAAGAGAAAGAAAUUAAGAAAAAACAAGAAAAAUUGUUCCAGGAAGAGAGGAAAUUAUCCUCUAGCAUUAGGAUCAAGCGGGAGCCUGUUGCUAAGGAUACGAGAAAAGAAAGAGAGGGAAGAAAGCAGGCAGUUAAGGAGCAGGCUGUGGAAAGCGGGGUUCAUCCUAAAGAGAUGGAAGCUGGUGCCAAGAAAAACCUAGAGGUGAAAGCGAAGCAACUGUUGAAGGUCCUGGUCGGGUUCCUUAGAGAAGCGGGUCCAAUGCCUUUGAGGAAGACCAGCAAGGCAGAGGAUGAGAUGCUCCCCCGUAUGAGAGUGGAUGGCCGUGCAUGGGAUAUUAUGAAACAGAGGUUAAAAACUAAAGAAAGGGAACAGACUUGGAAAGAGAGAAAGCGAGAAGGUGACAGGCUGACUGAGAAAGCCCGCUUGGAGGAGGACAGCAAGUUCUUAAAGAAGAACCAGAAGAAGGUUUUCCUGAAGAAAACCCAGGUGAAGACACUGCUGACGAGACUCCAGGAAGUACAGCUCUUAGAGCAAAGUCGGCUAGAGGAGCUUGGCAAGCACAUUGAAGAGGGUGAGGCGGAAGAGAUCCAGCUGAAGUGGCUGCUGGACAAUGUCAGAGGUCAACUCUUGGAGGAAUGGACUGAGGAGAAAAUGAAGGAAGGCAUAACUUAUCCAGAAAGAGCAUGGGUGCCCGAGGAAGAGGAAACGGAGAGCCUAGAGGAAGGCGAGAAGGAAGAGGAAGAGGCUGUGCCCAAGAAAAAGAAAAGGAGAUACCCGAAGAGAGAGGUCAGCGCAAGUGCAGAGGACUUGUGGAACUUGGCUGAGGAACCAAAAAAAAGAAGGCUGGCUAAAAAAAGAAAAAAGGAAAAGAGGGUGGCUGAGGUGAAAAAGAAGCCGAGUGCGCAUGAGGGUCCAAGUGAAGAAGAGGAGGGACGUCUCAUCCAAGAGGAGUUGGAGCCUGUGGGGGAGGAGGACAAGGUCAGGGAAGACGGGAAGGGGGUUCUCAGUGUGGAAGAAGAGAGCCUGGGCGAGGAAAGUCCAAGAGAAAUAAGUCUGAGCGAGGAAAGUCUGAGAGAAUCAAGUCCAAGUGAAGAAAGUCUGAGAGAAAGAAGCCCAAGUGAAGAAAGUCUGAGAGAAAGAGGCCCAAGUGAAGAAAGUCUGAGAGAAAGAGGCCCAAGUGAAGAAAGUAUGAGAGAAAGAGGCCCAAGCAAGGAAAGCUUGAAAGAAGAAAGCCUGGAAGAGGAGGAAUUGAGUGUCAGUGAGGAAGAGAGCCUGAGUGAGGAGGAGGAGGAGGAG